AUCUCACAUAACAGCAUCACCCCCAAGAAAUACUCCAAUUGUGCAGGAGCAGAGAAACUUCCUCACAAAUUUCCAUUCAAUUCAAUGACUCAUUCCUCCAAUUUUUCUCCCAAUAUUACUGCACCUUCUUCCACACCUCCUUAUGAAACGUCUGACCCUUUCAGAUGCCUUCAAGCACAAGACAAGUCUCAUCUCUCUAUAUAUAUCAACAUCCCGCCUCUCCGUAUCGUUUCAUGCAAAAGCAGAAGGGAAAGCAAACCCUUUACAAAAUACUCUCAGGGUUUUCAUUUUGAUUCUUGUUAUUGUCCAUGUCUCUCGCUCUCAGUAAUCUAACCCAAUUCCCAAUGGAAAACGUAACGCUGCCCAUAAUCCAGCUUCUUUUUGUCGGUUUUUUCGUGCUUGACAUAAUUUACAGUCGAUUUUUCAACCGGGUGGAAAGACAACAAGAAUGUCUUGUGAAAUCCGAGACUUGCGAGGAUUCGAAAGCUCGUGUGACGAAAAAGAACCAAGAUUUUGACUUGCCUUGCUCCAGUGAGAAAAAAGAGGAUGUAUGCAGAGGAGAUGUGGGGGUGGUGAUGGAAAGGCUGGGGAUUUUUUGUCAGUCUGGUGAUGGGAAACUUCCGGAGAGGUUGGAUCCUGACGAGAUUUCAAAGCUGUUUGAAGAGAAGGAGCCGAGUUUGGACGAGGUGAAGGGAGCUUUUGAUGUGUUUGAUGAGAACAGUGAUGGGUUUAUCGAUACGAGGGAGUUGCAGAGAGUUCUGGGUGUUUUGGGAUUCAAGGAGGCAGGAGAGGUGGAGAAUUGCAGGAGGAUGAUCGGCUUGUUCGACGAAAACGGAGAUGGGAGGAUCGAUUUUGGUGAAUUUGUAAAGAUCAUGGAGAAUAGCUUUUGUUGAAGUAUUCCUUUUGGAAGACCGGAAUCAAUAGAAAAAUUCAAUUUCCUCA